GGAGGUCCACAGCCAUGAAGCUGAUCAUUCUGACUACUCUGGUGGCGGCUGCCGCCGGCGGCCUCGUCAGUGGAAACUUAGGAGGACCGUAUGGAGGACAGUUCGGAGGACCGUUCGGAGGACAGUAUGCAGGAUCGUACGGAGGACCGUUCGGAGGAGCGCAUGGCGGCGUCUCGGGUGCCUACGGAGGGGAUUACUACGCUGUCCCCGACUAUAGCACGGCUUACUCCGUCAAGGACCCUUACUCCGGUGUGGACGUUGACAAGCAGGAAAACCGCCUCGGCCACAAGACGGAGGGUUCUUACUCGGUCCUGCUGCCCGACGGUCGUAAGCAGGUGGUGACCUACUGGGUCGACGGCAAGUCGGGCUACAACGCUGACGUCAAGUACUUUGGUGUUGCCAAGCAUCCGAAGAAGCCCAUCGCUCACGGCAUCGCUCACGGCAUUCCUCACGGUGCUGGCUUUGGAGGCAUCGGCCCUGCUGGAUUGGCUGGGCCGUACGGCGGUGGACACAUUUAUUGAUUGUCUAGUGGCGGUCACUGUCAUGGAAUGCACGGUCACCAAUAUAC